CCAUCCAUCUUCAAGCCACUUCUAACCCAUCCUCUCUCUCUCUCUCUCUCUCCCUCUCUCUCUCUCUCUCUCUCGUUGAAUAUUACAAGACUAAAGAAAUGGCCUUCAAGAAACCAGCAAAACUAACACAAACAGCAAUGUUGAAGCAGAUUCUGAAGAGAUGUUCGAGCCUGGGGAAGAAGCAGGGAUACGAGGAAGACGGUCUCUGCCUCGACGUACCAAAGGGGCACUUCCCGGUCUACGUGGGACAGAACAGAAGCAGAUACGUUGUCCCGAUCUCGUUCCUGACUCACCCCGAGUUCCAAUGCCUUCUCCGGCGAGCCGAGGAAGAGUUCGGCUUCGAUCACGACAUGGGUCUCACCAUUCCUUGCGAAGAAGUCGCCUUCCAAGCCCUAACCUCCAUGAUCCGAUGAACUAGAAAGAAACAAGAACAAGAACUUGAAGAAGAUGGCUAAAGCUGAAGUUUUCCACAAGCUUCUCUUUUUUUCUAACAUCUUCUCUUCCAAAUUUCACUAUAUUCUUCGUUUUUUCCCCUCUCUUUUUAUGACGAAGUGUCGAGAUCGAUCUUUACGGCGACCCGUCAUUUUUUAAAGGUUUUCAAGGGUUAUUUAGUGUGACCCUUCUGACAAAAAACCUAGAGACAGGGGAUGUUAUGUGGGUUUUACUUAGAUCUGUACAAAAAAAAAAAAAAAAAAAUUCUCCCGUUUUCCUCACGGAACGCUGCUUUCUUCUAUUUGGUUCCGUGAGAGAAGUCAUCAAUGGCAAGAAAAAAAAAAUAAAAGUACUCCUCGAUCUUAUGUCUGGUCUUCGUCUUUGGUCUGUUUCUUGAUCAUGAGCCUUGAGUGUGCAUGCAGAUGAUGCGUCACAUCGUAUAUUAAAGAUAUCAAAGAAAAAAAACAAAAAUAUCAUACGCGUUCUUUGUAAAAACUAAAUCUAUAUAUAUUAAUAAAGAUGUUUAAAGGA